AUGACCAUCUACCGACCCAUCCCCAAAACAUGGCAACGCGGCACUCGCCUGCUCAACCGUCCUACUGUCUUCAUUGCGGGAGGUCACCUUACGAGGUCAUUCUCAUCCACACGGCGUCUCUCAGCAGCGGGGACAAUCACAACACAUCACGGCCAGAACUGCAGUCCUCCGCGUGCUGGUGUUCCUUACUCUCCGGCAGCUAAAGCAAACGGCCUCGUCUGGGUUUCAGGCCAGGUUGCCGCCGAUGCUACCGGGAAAUAUCUAGACAAUGACCUCUCAGUAACUGAGAAAUCACAUAGGAUGAUGCAAAAUGUAAAGGCCGUUCUUGAAGGGGCAGGGUCGUCGUUGGAUAAAGUCGUCAAGGCUAAUAUUAUCUUCACCAAGAUUGAUGAUGACUAUGAAGAGUUCAAUGAGGUGUACAAGCAAUAUAUCACGCAUAACCCUGCAAGAACUAGUGUUGAGGUUUCGGGACUUCCGAAGCCGGCGGAUAUUGAGAUUGAGGUGGUUGCUUUAGCUUAG